AUGGAUCCACAACGUAUGCAAAUUUUUAUUCAAGAUCAAAUUAGAAAACUUCUUGCAUUUCAUGGUAAUUGUAAUAAAGAUGUUAGUCAAUGCUUAUACAAUACUGAAACUGUAUUUGAUAGCGUACAAUUACAAACAUCGAAUAAAUUCUUAUCUGAUAUUCAUGAUUGGGAUACGAUUAAACAUGAAAUUCUUAAAACUUUCCAACCGGCAUCUAAUCGAACAUUAUCAGUGAUUGAACAACGAUCAAUACCAGUACAAAAUGUUAAUUCAUCAUCGAUAUCGUCCAAAGGAACCCCGGAUUCGUCAUGUACAUCUCAAGAUAAUUUUUCAGCAGUUAUUUAUCCAAAUGUAUCAAAUUCUACUGGACGUUUUUCACCAACUCCGAAAGUUGAGACAUUGAUAACUCUUGAACCAGUAAUAAAUGAUGAUCAACAUUUCACUGUUGUCGCUAUGCCUGAACCCUCAUUGCCUGAUCAAUUAGUGAAACAAAAUUCAACUAAAAACUCAAUCGUUGAUGAUAUUCCUAAUGUUUCCACCUCGACAAUUACAGAUCCUCAAUCAUCAUGUUCAUGA